UGGCAUCUCAGUGAAAAGGGUGUUCGUUUCAUAGUCAUAAGAAAUUUUAGGAAGCUUAUUAAGCUAGAGUGUUUGAUAAAAAUUGUAAACACCGAACCAAUAAGCUUCAUACCAAAUUAAACAAUGACGUCCGAAGAUAACCAGAUUUCCGAGGAAUUGAAGGGAUGUUAUGAGAACCUUAUUGUUAUCGACAUCGGCGCUAACUUAACGAACAAGAAAUACGGUCGUGAUCUCGAUUCUGUGGUGCAAAGGGCCAAAGAUGCAGGAGUCCAAAAGAUCAUGGUUACUGGCACAUCAGUACGCAGCAGUAAGGAGGCACUAAGAUUGACCCGCCUAUAUCCCAGCACAAUAUAUUCCACAGCAGGUGUCCACCCUCAUGACGCAAAAUCAAUGACAGAUGAAGAGGCGUGGGCGGAGUUGACAGCGACGGCAGCAGCGCCCGAGUGUGUAGCAAUUGGAGAGUGUGGGCUCAACUAUACAAAGGACUUCUCAGAGCCGCAGGUGCAGAGGGACGUGUUCAAACGACAGGUGGAAAUGGCCUGCGAGCUCCGGAAACCCGUGUUCGUGCACGAGAAAGAAGCUCAGGACGAUUUGAUAAAGAUCUUGGACGAGUUCGGCAACCGCCUACCGCCCGUAGUGAUCCAUUCCUUCACGGGCUCCGUGGAGCAAGGGAUCAAGUACAUCGAUAAGGGAUUUUACCUUGGUAUAACUGGGUAUAUCUGCAAGGAUAAAUCUGAUGGUGGGAUAAGGCGUUUGCUCUCCGAGAGGAUACUGCCCUUGGAUAAAUUACUUGUUGAAACCGACUCUCCUUUCAUGUACCCUAACAUGAGGGCUUCCAAACUGCCGCUGCACGUUAAGGAUUCGCUUACAGAAAGAUCCAUGAACUUCGUGAACCGCUACUGCACUUUCCAACGGAACGAACCCUGCGCUCUGCCCGCCAUAGUGGAGCUGAUCGCCGGCUUCCUGGGCCAGGGUCCGGAGGACGUGGCACUCGCUACUGCAUUCAACGCGCUGAAACUCUUUGGACUUAGCCAGUAAAUGGAACAGGUCGGGAACUUCAGGGCUUAGGCAGUAUGAUUUGGAUGGGACCUUCGGAUCUGCCAAUAUUGAAAUCAAAACCGGCCCUUCAACCUUCAGUCCUAGAAGGUUAUGCGUCCUCGAGGAAGAUAUAGCUUUUGGAACUGAGUUAAAUUAACAGUACAAAAAAUGUAUUAUGAACAAAUUAACUUUGACCCUUUUAAAAUAGUCGACACUAUGAAUUUUUUAGCAAUUUACAUUUUAUCGACUUUAGUGCAGACAUUUUUUUCACUGUGUACAAUUUAAUGUAGACGCUCUAUUGCUCUGUCCACUGUAGUGCAGAGGUUCGUCAGCUCUGUCAACUUUAGUGCAUUCAUUUUGUCAAAAUUACUGCUGAAGUUAACUAAGUAUUUCAACGUUAGUGAAGAGGCUCGUUUAUAGUUUAUACUGUUAUUUACAUUGAUGGAGAGACUCUUUAACUCUGGUACUUUAUUUCACAGGUUCUGCAACUCUCAAUUUUAGUGCAGAGAUUCGUUAAUUCUGUUAAAUUAUAGUACAGAGGCUUCGCAGAAGUUUUUAACUCUGUCCAUUUUAGUGCAGAGCCUCUUUGACUCAGUCAGCUUCUCUUAAACGAGUAUUAUAAAAGGACUUUACAAGACUGAACGAUUAAGCCUUUUAUUCUUGCCAUUGUUAAAUUAUUUAAAACUAGUUUUUGCCCGCGGCUUCGCUCACGUUAAGUUCAUUUUUAGAUUUGGUAAAUUGACUAAAAAGGUUUAAAAAAAUGUCUUGCUGCUAAAAGAACAAUAUGAAAGUAAAUUACUUAAAAAAUCAGAACCUUUCAUAUAAAUUUGCAUCCCCUGUUUUGAUGCCUUUGGGAGUUGGGAUUUAAAAUUUUUGUGAAACUCGUAUUUCUUUAUUU